GUGACGCUGGUCCUGGAGCGUGGAGCGCACACACACGGCUGUCUCCACUGCGGUAGUAGCGGGCCAAGUAGGCAAGCAAGCAGGCAGGCAGGCGGCAGAGGGCGACCCGCAAACCUCCACUUGUUCCGGAACCCAUCUCGCUACACUUCACCACAGAAAAUAAGGACUUGACCUAACAAGGACAUAUUUAUCAUCUCGAGCGGUCUCAACAGGAGGACAACUUUUGGCUUUCGCAAUUGAUAUUAUUUCUGUCUUCUUCUUUGAAGACGUGCUUCCUGGUGAGGAUGGUACCGCUGCUCCUCUCCAUCGCCCUGUGUGUGACUGUGAGCGCCGCUGUCCCGCACCAUGCGAAAGCAGCAGAUGGUGAGGAACCAACUUCAGCUGGGCCCUGCCACCCAAACCCGUGCCACAACAGAGGGACAUGUGAGAUCAGUGAGACCUACAGAGGCGACACCUUCAUUGGCUACGUCUGCAAGUGUCCUCCAGGCUUCAGUGGAGUUCACUGCCAACACAAUAUAAAUGAAUGUGAACGAGACCCGUGCAAGAACGGGGGCGUUUGCACUGAUCUGGUUGCAAAUUACUCCUGCGAAUGCCCUGGGGAGUACAUGGGCAGGAACUGUCAGCACAAAUGCUCUGGACCACUGGGCAUGGAAGGCGGCAUAAUCUCCAACCAGCAGAUAACAGCCUCCUCCACCCACCGGGCUCUGUUUGGCUUGCAGAAGUGGUACCCGUACUUCGCACGCCUCAACAGAAAAGGUCUGGUCAAUGCGUGGACUGCAGCUGAGAAUGACAGAUGGCCAUGGAUUCAGAUUAACCUGCAGAGGCGAAUGAGGGUCACGGGGCUUAUUACCCAGGGUGCCAAGAGAAUCGGCAGCUCGGAGUAUGUUAAGUCAUACAAGGUCGCUUACAGUGACGACGGGAAGACAUGGAGAACGUACAAAGUCAAGGGCAAAGACGGGGACAUGAUUUUCAGAGGAAACGUCGAUAACAACGCUCCGUCAGCCAACUCCUUCACCCCUCCCGUCGAAGCCCAGUAUGUGCGCAUUUAUCCCCAAGUGUGCAGAAGGCACUGUACCUUACGUAUGGAACUGCUCGGAUGCGAGCUCACAGGUUGCUCUGAGCCAUUAGGCAUGAAGUCGGGCCAUGUCCAGGACUACCAGGUCACAGCCUCUUCCAUCUUUAGGACGCUCAACAUGGACAUGUUCACCUGGGAGCCUGGGAAAGCCCGCUUGGACAAGCAGGGGAAGGUGAACGCUUGGACAGCAGGACGCAGUGACCAAUCACAGUGGCUCCAGGUGGACUUGCUAGUACCUACCAAGGUCACAGGUAUCAUCACCCAAGGAGCGAAAGACUUUGGGCACGUGCAGUUCGUCGGCUCGUACAAACUGGCGUAUAGUAACGACGGAGAGCGGUGGAAAGUCUACCAGGAUGAGAAGCAGGGCAAGGACAAGGUCUUUCAGGGCAACUUUGACAACGACACGCACAGAAAGAACGUGAUAGAUCCGCCCAUCUACGCUCGCCUGAUCCGGAUCCUUCCCUGGUCGUGGUACGGCAGGAUCACCCUGCGUACAGAAAUACUGGGCUGCACAGAGGAAGAGUGA